AUGCUGACGGUGGCCAAUUUUACCACCGCGCGCAGCGUCGGUCGGCUCAUCGUCAUUACGCACUCGAUGGGCGGCCUUGUGCUUGGCCUCGCCCUCGCCAACGGCGUCUGCUCGUUUAGCGCCGAGACGAAAUGGGUCGCCCUGCACACGCCCAUGGGUGACAGUCCCGUCUUGAAUAUGCUGCUCAAAGCGUGUGCGAUUCCUAGCCUCUCGUCCGUGCUCGGGCUUUUGGGGCGGUGUCCGAUCGCGCCGACGUUCGCGUACAUGUACGAAGCUGGGAGCUGGGAAGCCACCGCGCUUGGCUUGAACAGCUACUACACACGAGCGCAAACCAGCUACAAGCGCCACGCGGACGCUGUGCUCUGCGGUCAAAGUCCCGUCGGUCUCUGGACAUCGGCGUCCGGGAUCAUGACAGCGAUCAAUGCACUCGCGGCUCCGUCGACGCCCCACGACGGCCUUGUCGCGUACGCUAGCUGCACCAGAGGGCUUGAUGCGACCGCCUUUCGCGCCUCGUACGAGAGCAGGUUUUACGCCGCCGACAUCAACCACCUCGAUGGCAGCUUUCGCCACGGCGACGGCAUGUGGGGCACGGCCCGUCAACCCCUGCGCUGGUUUAGCUGUCUCUACUAG